CACAACUGAAAGCUAACACACGGUGGGUGUUGGACUCUCGUUGAAUCUUGUUUAGAGUAUCUACGUUAAUGUUUAGGUGAAACCAGGCAGAGCGCUUUAACAUAGCUCACAUAGCUCACACCUGCCGAUCAGUGAUUUGAACCUUUGGACCAGUUUGUAGCCGUGGUGCCUAUGUCCUCCCACCUACAAAGGUGAAGGUUCCGGUAAUUCUGUGUUUGUUUUCAAAAUGGAUGUUUUUAAAGAACCUUGUCCUCAUCGGAGUGUUCCCGUUGAGGUGGAUGAGCACAUGACGCCAGCUAGUCUGGACAUGGCCUGGCCUACGUCCUGCAGCCGCUGCAGUGUGCACCGAGACGCCAGCAAAGCUCCCCAGGAGCGCGGCUAUCAGUCAGCAGCAGACGCCUCGCCUCACGCCUUCCACUCCGGCGAGCCACGUGAGGCCAGAGGCGCUUAUCAGGCUCAUCCGCAGGGUCACUUCACAGCCUCGGCCCUUGCAGGGGUCCAGCCUGCAGCCAACUGGGCCCGCGGACUGGGAGACCAGCUGCAUGAAUGGGAUCACAUGAGCGGCCAAAGAGGCACUGUGGCCGCUGCUGGCUCGGUGGAGGAGGCCGAGUGCCUGGAGGUGCCCCUGCCCCUCGUGUCUGACAUGAACUACAUGCCCCCUGCAGUGGGCCCCAACUGGAAGCCAGACAAAAGCGUCCGACCGUGUGCGUGCUGCCCUCCUGCCAAUGCACCUGGUCCCAGCUAUGGUCCAUACCCAGUGGAUCCACCACAGGGGCACCACUGGAUCUCACCCCACAACAGACUGCAGCAUCCGGACCAUUCACACUCCGUCCAGGGAUUCGUGCCUCAGGGUCUAGCUCCUCCUAGAGAAGUGAUGCAUGAGGUCAGCGUGGGUCCAUUCCAGGCUCCAGGAGCCGUCACAGGGACGAUAAGGAGGACCAUCAGCCUGCCCGACGAGUGCAGAAACGUUUUCAUCACAUAUUCACUGGACACAGCCAGAGACAUCCUUAACUUCACCAAGUUCCUGGUGGACCAGGGCUUCCGGCCAGCAAUCGACGUGUUUCAUAAUCCACUCCAAACUAUGAGCAUCAACAAAUGGAUGGACAAAUUUUUAAACGAUAAAUCAGUGCUCAUCAUUGUGGUCAUCAGCCCCAAGUACAAGGAGGACGUGGAGGGCAACGGAGACGACGAGCACGGCCUGCACACCAAGUACAUCCACAACCAGAUCCAAAACGAGUUCAUCCAACAAGGCUGCCUGAACUUCAGACUGGUGCCUGUGCUGUUUCCUAAUGCUACCAAGAGACACGUCCCCACCUGGCUCCAGAGCACCAGGAUCUACCGCUGGCCACUGGACAUGCACGAUCUGCUGCUGCGCCUGUUCCGGGAGGAGCGCUACAUCAUUCCACAGCGGGGGGGCGACCUCACCCUCACUGUUCGGCCGCUCUGAGAGCUAGCGACGAACAGUUACUGAGUCAGUGCCAGUGCUGUACUGUUGUAAGGGAACAUGAGGUGACAUGUUUUCAAACGUGGGUUUCUGUCGUGUUCAGUAUUUCAUAGCUUUCUUCCUUACUGACACCGUUUGAUCUGGAGUAACACAUUGGCUGCAGGUCCUCUCUGUCUCCCCCCAACCUGUGUUAAAUAAUAUUCAGAAGGAUGUUUUGCUGACUCUGUCCAGAGCAGACGUUACCAUGGAAACAGUAUUGUUUUAUUCAUUUACUAAUGGCAACAGCUUGCUGGCAAAUACCAGCUAUUAGCCCUGGAAAACACACACCUCCUCCAGAACCACAGAGGAACUAAUGUCUAGAUUUACUUUUACGUUUAGAAGUAACUAUGACUUUGACUGUUCCCUGCAAAACAUCAAUGAGGUGUUAUAUAUUUUAAUCGUUGUGUGCUGAUGUAAAUGUAUUCAUAUAAACAAAGCUGUUGCAGAUUAGUUAUUUAAAUUUCCCCUGAUGCUUGUUUUACAUUGUGGCCAUAGAUGAGUGGACACAGUUAGAAUCAGAGCUUCAUGUACGUAUUUUUUAUUAUUUUUUAUUAUUGGGUCAAAAUAUACUGUACUGCUGCUACACAACCUGAACCUCUGAUGCAAGGAGGAGCCCAGAUAUUAGCACUGACCCAAACUUGCCUCUGCGCCACAGAUAUCUAUGUAUGUCUUUCGGUCAGACAAGUAGAUGAAUCAUCUUAUUUUUAUUUUUAUAAUUUAUGCUGAUCUUUCCAAGAUGGGUUCUUUAAAGAGCCACAUGUCGCAGGAAAUGAGCCAGCAGAGGCUAAACGUGGAUGUGUUGAGUAGAUGAAUAAUUCAGUAGCCAGAAACCAGCUGAUGAAGUGCUAAUGAGACCAGCAUUUCCAGGCGAAAAUGUUAACUAUAAUCCACUACAGUAACUCAGUGAAUUGGGUGCUGAAUAAAUUCAUUAAAAUGC